AUGGAACCCCCAAAGCUGCUGAGCACUGGAUUUCUGCUGUGCUCUCUGACUUGCCUCUUGUUGGAAACUGUCGCUUUGUCUCUGUCACCUUUAUCUGCCUUCGGAAAACAAGACCAGGAUGGAUUGGAACCACGCUCAAGGGAAACUUCCAGGUCCUGGCUGAGCAACUUCAGUGAUUACCUGUGGGAUCUCAUCAGGAGCUCCAUCCCUACAGCUGCCAUUUUUGCUUUUCUGAUCAUUUCAGCGAUCAUGGGGACCCUCUGUUGCCUCACGUAAGCUGCUGGGGGGAGGAGAGGGGGAACCGAGGGAGAGGCAGGAACAGCCAAGUUCCACA